UGACCCCCUCGGAAUUACAAAUCCUAAGAAGAGACAAUUUUGAAGGAAAAAAAGAUAUGGAUGUGGAAUCGUCAAAAGCUGCUGCAAUGAAAGCUGAAUCUCCUAAGAAACACAAACGCAGAAACAUUUGUUUAGGGGUGACCGCAGCUGUGAUCCUCUUUAUUUUUCUGCUUUUGCUCAUCUUGGGGUUAACGGUGUUCAAGCCCAAACAACCGACAACCACCGUGGAUUCCACCUCCAUCAGUGACAUGAAGGUUUCUUUUGACAUAGCCAGGCUAAGAGUGGAUGUAAACGUGAGUCUUGACGUGGAUCUCUCUAUCAAGAAUCCGAACAAGGUGAGUGUCAAGUACAAGAACAGCUCUGCUUUUCUGAAUUAUAGAGGCCAAGUUGUUGGUGAAGCUCCAAUUCCUGCGGGUAAGAUUUUAGCAGACAAAACACAACCCAUAAACGUAACCGUUACACUUAUGGCAGAUCGGUUGUUGUCUGAUUCGCAGUUUUUUUCUGAUGUCAUGGCUGGUACUAUACCCUUUAAUACCUUGACCAAGAUUUCUGGAAAAGCUAGCAUUUUUAAUCUGUUUAAUGUACAUAUCACUUCUACCAGUAGUUGUGAUCUUCUUGUUUUUGUUUCUAAUAGAACUAUAGGGGAUCAAAAGUGCAAGUAUAAGACAAAAUUGUAGGAACCCUUUUGUUCUUUUCUUUCCUCUCUCUUGUUUCUUGUUUUAGAUUAUAGUGCUAGUUUUUCUCUUUCUUCUUUGUGCUACUAGUUCUUGUUGAUUUUGAUUGAGAUGAUUAUGUAUUAAUAGAGCAACAUCAUAUUGUGAUGCUGAUUGCUGUUGGAUUGGCCAGAUGCAGACAUAAUUCUUGAUUGCGUUUUAUGUUUGUUUAUGGCAAGGUAUUGAAAGCAAUUGCAUAUCUUUUCACACUC